AUGGAAGCCAACACAAAAUUUCCUUUCCUCCGAAGUUCGAAUGACCUACCUGGACCCCUGCCUACUUCGAGUCAGAUCCGAGAGUCGCCAACUAUCAUCCAUGGAGUCGAUCCUUACGCAGAUAAAAGGGUGUUGAUCGUUGGACCUUACGUGGUCAAGUACGGGAAAGGAGUCAGUCUAUUAGAAGGACAAAACUUACUUUUCGUCGAGGAGAACUUCCCCAAAGUCCCGGCUCCGAAGCUCUACGCGAUGUGGCGUGAUGCCGAAGAAGUUUUCCUUGUCAUGGAACUGAUCCAAGGCCAAACACUAGAUACGCUUUGGCCAACUCUUGGAGAUGAAGACAAAGUUAUCAUUCUCAACAAGCUUCGAGACAUAUUUGAAUCACUUCACAGUUCCCCCGGCCAGGGUUUCUUUGGUAGCGUCCUGAAGGGGCCUAUUCCGUAUCACUUAUUUUGGGAUUCAGAUGGUGAUCCGACGAUAACGGGGCCGUUCGAGGCUGCGAGCGACAUGAUCUAUGGACUGGCUAAGAGAUCAAGAGCGAAUUCAGCCCUCAACCACAAAGAUCCCUAUCUCGCAGAAUUCUUUGAAAGGAACCUCGCCCCGGCCCUCGAUGACCGCUUCGCGACCUUUUGUCACUCGGAUGUACAACGGAAGAAUAUCAUCAUUGAAAAUCUGCCCACCCAUGUUACUGGGAUUGAGAAUGUCCGGGUAGUCCUCUUGGACUGGGAAGUUGCUGGCUGGUAUCCGAGCUAUUGGGAGUACGUGGCAGCAUUCAUAGCAUUCAUAUGGGAUGACGACUGGCCAAAAAGAGUGGAAGACUUCCUUCCGGUAAAUGUGGCGGCAGCAGCAAUGUUCAAAUUGAUCCAUCAAGAUCUAUGGUUCUGA